AUCAAAACACAACCACCAUGAACUUCUUUAUUUCCUUCUCAAUUUCCUUCUCGAUCAUAUCGAUCCUCGAGGGGUUCCAUCUCGUCUCGACCGAAACCCUUAUCGAAUCCUCGUGCAAAACCUUCGCGCAAUCCGACCCCAACAUCGACUACGGCUUCUGCACGUCGUCGAUGAAGGGGGCCACGGCGGGCGGGCGUGCCACCCUACCCGCCCUGGGGGCCAUAUCCCUACGACUUGUCCAGGAUAACCUAACCGACACACGUCGCCACGUCAGAGAAAUCCUCAAUAACUCCUCGAUGCUAAGCCCUUAUUCGAGGCGAUGCUUGCAUGAUUGCCUCGAGCUAUUUUCCGACGCUGUCUCGGGCGUCGAGGACGCCGCGCGAGAUUAUGAUGCGAAAAGGUUCGACGACGCCAAUGUGAAAAUGAGCGCCGUUAUGGACGCUCCGACCACUUGCGAGGACGGGUUUAAGGAGGGGCCCGCUGCCGUCGCCUCGCCGCUUUCCAAGAGGAACCGCGACGCCUUUGAGCUGUCGGCGAUUGCGCUCUCGAUUAUUAAUGUGGUCCGGAGAGGGCCGGGUUGAUCGGAAAUUGUUGGGUUUUUGUUGUUCUUUGAUUUUCUGUCUGUGCAUUUCAUCCGACUCUAAGGGUUUCAUUUACCAUUUGCGUCAUUGUACUUAACGUUAAAAAAUAUCCUUAUAUUUGUGUAAUUUUUUGCAUAAAUAUAAUUAUAAUAGUAUUA